AUGUCGAACGGCGAAUAUGUUGAUGGCAGCUACUGGUUCUAUGCUCCUAAUACGGGCGCCGCUAUUUUCUUUUGUAUCGCAUUCUUUCUGACAGGCUGUUUUCAUAUAUGGCAGUGUAUUUGUUACAAGUGCUGGAAGCUAACACCCCUGUUCCAAUUCUGCUCUCUGCUAUUCACAGCUGGCUUCGCACUGAGAGUAUAUGGAGCAUUUCACUAUGACAACCUCUACAUCUUUAUUGCAAGUGUUUGUAUUACUUAUGCUGCGCCCCCGCUCCUUGAACUGCAAAACUACCGCAUCCUUGGUCGGAUCCUGUACUACGUUCCGUACCACUCCCCUAUACACCCUGGCAGAGUUUUGACAACGUUUGGAUUCAUAUCUGCUAUCGUUGAGGCCCUCAACGGCUGGGGGGCGUCGUACUCGGCAAAUCAGUCGCUGACUGACAGCGAGAUUGAGGCGGGCCACGCUCUCAUCAAGACGUCUUUGCUGCUACAGGUUAUUGUAGCAGUUUUGUUUAUUGCGCUGGCUGUUACAUUCGAUCGUCGAUGUGCCGCCAAUGGUAUCCACAACGAGCGACUUACAAGCUCGUUAUGGACGCUAUACGUCAGCAUGGUACUGAUCCUUUCACGAACCAUCUACCGCAUCGUCGAAUAUUUCAGCGUCGCAGAGCUUCGAUAUGGAAAAGACUUUGAUCCGGCGACCAUAAACCCUGUUGUCAGAUACGAGUGGUACUUUUACGUGUUCGAAGCGGCUGUCAUGCUCAUCAAUUUCGUCAUGUUCAACGUCCGCCAUCCACGACGAUAUCUGCCCAGAAAUAACAAGAUUUACCUCUCUCCUGAUGGGAUCACGGAGAUUGAGGGGCCUGGGUAUAAGGAUCCAAGGAAGCUUUGGCAGACACUCAUUGAUCCUUUCGAUAUCAGGGGGCUGAUCAAUGGACGUGGGCGGCAGAACGAGGAGUUUUGGCAAAUGAGAGACGGCCAGGGAACACAGCCGAGUAAAGUAUCGGAAGCAGUGUAA